ACCUGACGCCCCACAAGGUUCCCCUGUUCUGGGAAGCCGGUCCGUCAGUUAAACGCGCAGGUCCUGCUGCGCCGAGGCCGAAUGCGGCCUUUGAGGACCGAUCAAUCCCGGGCUGACUCUAGCCUCUACUGUCAGAAGCUGCAGCUACGGGACCAGAAAAUUGGGGGGAGCUGAAACCUUUCCCUCGUGUAAAACAAGGAGACUUGAAUUAUAUUCCCAAAGAUUCCUCUUAUCCCCCGCAUCUUGCUCGUCAAUAGUUGCUUUAAACUUUAGGGAAAAGCUUCUGGUGCAUCGGAAAAACUCUGGCAGCAGGCCUGGGUUCUAGCCAUGGUUCCACCACUGACUAGAAAUCUCUUCUUUAGGCUGAAUUUACGAUUGUUUCAGAUUAAAGGAUUGAAUUAGAAAUUGAAUUAGAAAAUCUUUUAGGGCCUUUAUAUUUCUCUUGAGAUCGUUUCUCCCAAGUAUAAAAUCAAAGCGUUUAUAUGAUAACUCAGGUUCCUUCAAAGCUCCUGACUUUGUUUUGAGUACUUAGGCUGUCGCAAAGACUUAUAAGCGACAUUGUAUACUUAAGGCUGUAUUGUGCUUUGGGGACAGUUUAGUAUUAUUGCUAUUAUCUGGAGAAUCUGAGGAUGAGGAAUGAAUUGAGGAAGAUUUGGAAGUGGGAAUUGAACAAGGGAAUGGCAUGGGGGAAUGGGAUGGGGAUUAUUGGACAGCUCACAGGGGUAAGAGGCUUUAUGGUAAAAGGAGAAGAGUUGAGAGAAAUCUGAUGGAAGUGUUUUCAGAUAGGGUUUAGUUCUUGUAAAAAGCCUUUGUAUAUUCCAAGAACAGCUGAGAUUUAUCUCAAAUUGAGCAUAAUUUUCUCGUCUUGAUACUGUGUUCCCUCUUUCUCUUUUUUAUGACCAUUGUUUCACACAUAUAGAUCUUUAAGUCAUAUUUGAUUUAAAGUGUCACAUUUGAAAAAUGGACAGGAAUUUUAACCCCAGUUGUUAUUUUCAGGGCAGCACUAAAGAUUAAGUCAGAAUUUUUCAGUUUAGAUAAACUAUGUAGAAAUCACUUUUCUAUUGGAAACUGUGGACUUAAAAUCAAGCUGUAGGGCUGGGGAUGUAGUUCAGUGGUUGAGAGCUUGCCUAGCUGCUUAAGGCUCUGGGUUCAAUCCCCAGCCCUGCAAAAAGCAAGCAAGCAAGUUAAUUGUAGAUUUUAUUUAAAUCUGACUGAGGUGAAUGCUUAUGUCAUCAAGAAGGAACAUCUUAGCUAAAACACUUUGGAAGGAAAUAAGAGCAAAAUGUUUGGAAUGACCAGCAGGUAGACUGUUAGAAUAGAAGCAUUGGCUUUAAAGAUUGUGUAAGUAAAUUCUGAAAGCUUAAAUAAACUUAAGUUGUGUAGUUUUUAAAAAUCCAGUGAAUAAAUACUACUCCCUUUUUUGACAGCAGGAGCUGUCAAAAUUUAUAUUUGAUAUGCUAUUUUAAUUUUUCAGAUAAGUUUUUCUCUAUUUUAGGUUCUUGUAUGGAAGCAUCCUUUUUAGUAAUAGGAUUGAUAAAGUCUAUCUUUGAGUUCUUGAGUGAUAAACUGACAAAUUUAAAUGUGUGCUUUUUCUUUUAAUGAAAAUGCCUCUGAAAGUUUUCAUACUGCACUGAGAAGUAAAGUAGAUAUGCAUGAGGUAAAUUUAGGUGUUAGAGCCAAUGCACAUAUAACAAUCUUCAUUUGAAAUCAUUUUGAAAAUUUUAUUUUCAAAUCUUAGUGCUUGAUUGAGAGUCAGAAAAGUGUGAAUCAUCAGUUCUAGCUGUAUUCUUAACCAACUGCCUGACUUUGGGUGGGCUUCCUUAUUUCUUAUCACUUUGGAUCUCAGUUUUCGCAUGUAAAUUGAGGGGGUUGUGUGAAAUAAUCCAAAAGGUCCCCUCCAGAUUUACAAGUUUGUGACUAUCGUAAGGGCCUUAUUUUGUCUAGUUGAGUAGAUUUGGGAAUCAUGUCCAAUGAUCAAAAAAACGGAGAAAGCUUUCUGAGUUCAGGGAUCUAUCUGUAUCUAUAUUCUCUCUCUCUCUCUCUCUCUCUAUAUAUAUAUAUAUGUAUAUGUAUAUAUACACACACAUAUAUGUUUUUAUAUAUGCACACAUAGAUACAUUUUAUCUCAUGUUCAUCUCUGAGUAUGCUUUUAAAAAAUAAAUGCAUUCAAAUGUAAUUAAAAUAGUAACAUAAACCAAACAGCCUGAGGCAAACCUUAACCCUGGCAUACAUAAGCUACAUAAAUAGAAGAGAGCAUGUUAUGCCUGAGCACAAUUUUCAAGUACAGAAGGUACAAAAUCCUCUUAAAGGCCAUAGGGGCUAAAUUGUUAAAUUCAUUUUUCUACAUUUCAGGAAAGGAGAUAAAUCCUUAGACCCAAGGAAGUCAGUUUUUAUUAUGGUUCUGUAGUUUAUUUUUGGCAUACAUUCACAGGUGUGCCUAUGGCUCUAUUCUUAAUCCCUUUCCUUUGGGAUGGCUCCAAGAGUAGUACAAAUUUGUAACUCUGUAAUUUAGCUCUUUAAUUUUUUCUGUGCUGCACUGGAAUUAUGUUUUAUCUUAAGUCCACAUUGGAUCCUCAGGAUGGAUCCAGUGAGGAUUUUGAAGGAAGCAUAAUUCCUUUGCCUUCUUUUAGAAUUAAUUUACCUAUUAAGUAAAAAGGAAAGGAUUCAUCUUUUAUUUGAAUUCCUCUGAGGCUAACAUUUCAAUAUAAACUGAUAAAUGCUAUGGGCAUUAUUAUUCAGACAGUCACAUUCAACUUUUAUGACCAUAACAGCAUAGCAACCUGAAAGUGCAAUAGGGGAACAGAUAUAUUGUAACUUUUAGAAGAAAAAAGAUAGUAAAAGUUGGUUUCUUUAUUUCUGGAAAACAAAAGAGUUUUUGGGUCAGCUGCUUUUAUGACCAAAAUCACCAUCACAGUAUCACAGUAUCCUGGCGUUUUGGGCAGAGAUGGGAAACUAAAAACAUAAUUAUUCUCUCAAUUAUAUCUGUAUAUCUGAAAGUGGAAAAAAUAAUAAAUUGGCAUCAUUACUAGGGCAUCCCUGGUGUGCUGUAGGCCAGACCACCCAAACCCUCACCCCUGUAAUAGAAAUUUAACCCAGGGGGACUCUAACAUUGAGGUACAUCCCCAGACCUUUUUCUAUAUUUUAUUUUGAGACAUGGUCUUCCCAUGUUGCCCAGGUGGCCUCAAACUCAAGAUUCUCCUGCCUUAGCCUUCCAGGUAGCUGGGAUUACAGCAUUAAGAUUACCAACUUUCCAUGAUGUUUGGUGGCUACGAGACUAUAGAAGCAUAUGAAGAUGACCUUUAUCGUGAAGAGUCAUCUAGUGAACUGAGUGUUGAUAGUGAGGUGGAAUUUCAACUCUAUAGUCAAAUUCAUUAUGCCCAAGAUCUUGGUAAUGCUAUUAGGGAGGAAGGACAUGAAGAAAAGAACUCUGGGAAUUCUGAAUCAUCAAGUAGUAAACCAAAUCAGAAGAACUUAAUUGUUGUUUCAGAUAGUGAGGUCAUCCAGCUCUCAGAUGGGUCAGAGGUCAUCACUUUGUCUGAUGAAGACAGUAUUUAUAGAUGUAAAAGAAAAAAUAUUAGGGUCCAAGCACAAGAAAAGACCCAUGGUUGUUCUGCUUCUCCUCACUCUAAUGAGUUGGCUGAUAAGAAAUCCAAGAGGAAUAUUGAGAAGCCUAAACCUGAAGAGAGAUCAGCUAUACUCCGAGAGGUCAUGAUUAUAGAGGUCAGUUCAAGUGAAGAAGAGAGCACAAUUUCAGAAAGUGAUAAUGUCGAAAGCUGGAUGCUACUGGGAUGUGAAGUAGAUGAUAAAGAUGAUGAUAUCCUCCUCAACCUUGUGGGAUGUGAAAACUCUGUUACUGAAGAGGUUUCAGUCCACAGUCACUUGACACCAUCACCAUCGGCUUGUGGAGAAGAUGAUGUAAACUGGUUCAUCAGUGACAAAGACGUUGAGGCCCAGAUAGGUAAUAACAGAUCAUCCGGAAGAUGGACCCGCCGAUACUAUUCUGCUAACAAAAACGUUACCUGUAGAAAUUGUGACAAAUGUGGUCAUUUGUCCAAAAACUGCCCUCUACCACAAAAAGUCCGUCCCUGCUGCCUCUGUUCUGAGAGAGGACAUCUCCAGUAUGCCUGUCCAGCUCGCUUUUGCUUAGAUUGUUCUUUGCCUAUGUCUUCCAAUCAUAGAUGUCUCGAAAGGUCUUCCUGGAGAAAACGAUGUGACCGAUGUGAUAUGAUAGGCCACUAUGCUGACGCUUGCCCAGAAAUCUGGAGGCAGUAUCACCUAACGACCAAACCUGGGCCACCCAAAAAACCGAAGACUCCUUCUGGACAAUCAGCAUUAGUUUAUUGCUACAACUGUGCACAAAAAGGCCAUUAUGGACACGAAUGUACAGAAAGACGGAUGUAUAAUCAGACAUUUCCAACAUCUCCAUUCAUCUACUACUAUGAUGACAAAUACGAAAUUCGGGAGAGAGAACAGAGAAUAAAACGAAAAAUAAAAGAAAUCCAGAAAAAUGGGGAUUUUCCAAGGCAGUUCAAGAGACUGCACAUGGAAGCAGCAGAGACGAGACCACACCAUGAUAUAAGGAAGAGCCAUGGCUGGAGAAAAAGCAACAAGUGGUAUCAAGAAGACAAAGAAAUACAGAAGGAAAUGAUGAACAGGAGUAGAGAACGUGAGAAGCACAGAAAGGCUGACAGGCAUCAUGAAGUGGAUGAGGACUUUCCUAGAGGCCCCAAAACCCACUCUUCACCUGGCAGUUUUAAGACCCAGAAGCCUCACAAGUCCUUUCACCAUUCAUCACAUUACCACAAGCCAAGAGAAGACAAGCUUCCCAAAGAGGGCAAGCGGAGCAAGCCAAAGAAAAAGGAGAGAUAUGUGGAAGAUGAUGGCAAUGAUAAUUUAUUUCUUAUUAAGCAGAGGAAAAAAAAGUCUAAGCUGUGAGACAGCUUCUGGUUUGGUUUUAUAAUGUUCAUUUGAUCUUCAUGUCUGCAACAUUCUGGCAAUAUUUUUAUUGUUUAUGAUUAAGUGAAAGAAAGGUUUUUUGUUUUGAUUGUUUAAUACUUGGAGUACUGAACAAAUCCUUGCAGGAUCUCAGUGCUUUGUCCCACAGGUUAUUAGGUAGAAACACAGCAAGAUAAACUGGGACUUAUUCCAAUAUUGUUUUUACUCAGAAUCUUUGGGAUAGGAAAAAUCAAAUCUUUUCAAUAAAACUUUUUAAAAAUACUUUGAAAAACAGAAAAUGUCAUCAAAUGUAAUUCAUCUACAAUAUUAACAGUAAAAAAAAUCUUUGCAGGAAGAGAAAAUAUUACUAAUAAGAAAAUUGUAUCACUGUUUUGCAGCAUUACUGUUUUUUUUUUUUUAAAAUACUAGGAAUUGACCCCAGGGGCAUUCUACCACUGAGCUACACCCCCAGUCCUUUUUAUACUGAGACGGGGUCUUGCUAAGUUGCUGAGGCUAGCCUUGAACUUGCAAUCCUCAGCCUCCCAAGAUGUUGGGAUUACAGUGUAUGCCACCUGACAUAAGAUUACUUUUACAUUGGAAAGGACAGUGGCUAUAAAUCUGAAUCCAGCUCUUCUUUCUUCUGAAGCUGUUGUCAGAAUCUUCCCUUGGGCAGAACAUCACAGGCUUACUACAAACAAGGCCCUGAGGAGGCAGGGAAUUGGGCUAUAGUAAAAGAAAUCUGAGUAUAAAUGUCUAAGACAGAUUUCCUGAAACAGGUGAAAGAGUCAUCAAAAAUUUUAACAAUCGCAGUAAAACAGUUUUUGCCAUUUUUAAAGCCACAUGUCAAAAUCAUCACUUAGAUUUAUAGAGUUAAAUAUUAUCCAACUUAAAAAACUGUUCUGUUUUUAUGGACUUUUAUAACUACAACAGAGCUUUACAGAAUUUUUUGUACUUGUGAACAAUUUUUUUGUACUUACCAAAGCCUAAUAUUAGAAUGAGAGAAAUAAAAUGUCUCAAAUAGAGUGACUAAAUGGUCUAUUAUGUAAAGACUAUGAGAGUUGGGAUGAUGAAGGGCACAUUUGGGUUGGACAGUGACUAAAGCUAUAAAAUCACCAUAAACUAGAGCUGGGGAUGUAGCCAGUGGUGGAGUGCUUUCCUAGCUUGGGAGGGGCCCUGGGCUCAAUCCCCAGCACCUCAAUCAAUCAGUCAGUCAAUCAAUAAUCACGAUAAAUUGGAGUAAAAAAUGCCCAUGUUGCCCAAGCACAAGCUUUAUAGCAGAAUAAAAUGGUGUGUGAUCAGUUAAGUAGAACAGUUCUAUAAAUUGGAUUUUUGUGUUUGUAUUUUACUCUUUGGUAAGUAUAAACUACUGUCUGCCUGUUA